CCGCCUCUGGCUCGGGGCGCGUGCGCGGCGGGGAUGGGCCGCGGCUGGCGUCCUCCCCGCCCCAUCGCCGCGAUGGACCGCCCGCCCCGGGCGGGCGGCCAGGGGCCGCCCGCGCCAUGCCAGCCCUGGCUCGCGGAGCCCGUGGCCGAAUCGCCGAUGUUUGGCCGAGAGCCCGUCGCCCGAGCUGCCCCCGCGCCGGACGGCCCGGCGCCGGACCUGCCGAGGGCGCCGAGCUGGCCGGGCGGCGGGCGUCUCGACGUGGGGGGGCCCGAGAAGCGGCCGCCGUCCGCAAGCAGCUCGGUCAACGGCAAGCUGGGGCUGGGGGCUGCUGAGAUGGCCGUGCUCCGAAAAGAGGUCGAGGAGCUCCGCUGGAGGCGGCCCGCCCCGCCCGUGGAGCCGGCGGCGAGGGCGAGCGCCUCGUCGGUCGCCACGUGCUGCAGCGAGGC